UGCGCAAAGCUACAGCUCUUUUCAUUGCCAUGCGUACUACGUCCAUAAAUACCACUCGAGUCAAAUGUCUGCAAGUUCAUUAGCUCAAGACCAUAUGACCCCACCAGCCCAGGCUCGCCCUGUCCCCAAUAAACCUCAAAACGCCUUCUCGCUUGCCGUAAAGCAGCCUAAUGUAGAUCACGUUGGGGCCAUUGUAUACGCGAAUAUGGCUAGUUUGUCAUGUUCCGUGAAACACAAAUAAACAGUAUCAUUGACAGCACUGAGACGUCCCUUUGCAUUUGUUGCUGCGUUUAUUGACACCGUCCAGGUUGAGUUUUGUGGAAUGAAGACAAAGGGACUGUCACCAGGGACGUGUUAUUAUUUACUUUACACCCAGCGGAAAUGAAAUCUCAAUGAUGAUCGCGACGAAACGGAUGCGAGCGCUAUCGAGGCCACAUUCACGUCCGUGGCAAGUCGGACCCUCGCGAGUGCCAAAUUCCGUUGUCAAAAGGCGAUCCAGGACAAGGGUUUGCAGGAGAUGGGACUCGGGUGUAUGGGGAGGGCGUGAUGCAGUGAAAAAAGGCCAUGUUGGUCGUUAGACGCUGAAUGGACUAAUGCGGAAUGUAAUUGACCGUUUCUUCUGAGAAAAAAGGAAUCAGAAUGUCAGUUUUGAGGUGGGGGGUCUGACGUGAGGGAAGAAGAUGGAGGCUGAGCUUGUGAUACGCCUCGG